AUGAACGAUUUACCAUCUUAUCCAACACCCAAGCAAGCGGCUUAUGUGGUAAAUCCCAAUUCCAAUCCAUCCAAUGGCAGAAGAAAACCUUCUAGUCACGCGAAUGUGAAUUACAAACCACCUUCAUCGAAUCAAUACAGUUCUAGACAAAAUUAUGGUCAACCGAUGCAAUCGUCAAAUCAUUCAAUGCAUUCGAAUCCUCAACCCGUAGGGCAAGUUCACUUUCAACAAGGACCUCCACCACCUCAACAAUCGCUGAACUAUUACCAACAAUCCCAACCCCCUCCUCCUCAACAACAGAACUAUUAUCAACCACCACCUCAACAACAGCAACCUAAUAAUUACUACCAGCCACCACCACCACAACCUCAACAACCACCCCAACAACAUUAUCAACAAGCUCCAAUACCGCAAAAACGUUCACCAAGUCAUGGGUAUCAAAAUAUGGCUCCUGUUCAACCCCAAUCGUCAUAUCAUCAACAACCUCCUGUUCAACAAAGAUAUGAGGGUCACGGUGUAAAAAUGCCUUCCAACGACCACCCAUCAAACGUCCCUGCAGUCCCCACUAUAAAUAAGAAUAGAUCAAAGGAAUCACUUAAUGAUAAACAAUCCACCAAACAGAAACUUGAAUACGAAUUGAGGUCAGUUUUCGAUAAAGUUGACGCCAACAGUUCCGGAAAAAUCUCCAAGAGUGAAUUAUCCAAUGCCUUGCUUAAUUUUGACCAUACUAAAUUUAGUGAUUCAACUGUAACAUUAAUGAUCAAUUUAUUUAGUAAUUCGAGUUCAACCACCAAACAUUUAAAUUUCGAUCAAUUUGUUUCUUUAUGGAAAUAUUUAUCAGCUUAUAAGAAAUUGUUUGUCCAAGCUGAUACUAAUAGUUCGGGGGAUAUUUCAUUCGGAGAAUUUCAAAAAAUCUUAGAGCAAAUUGGUUAUAAAUUAAAUAUCGAUUUAGUUUUACAUUUAUUCCAAAAAUUCUGUUAUAAAGAUCAUACCACCGCUGAAGGACCAGUAGGGACUUUAAAAUUUGAUAAAUUCAUUGAAUUAUUAGUUUACUUAAGAAAAUUAACUGAUGUAUUUAAAAAGUAUGACAAAGACUUAUCAGGUGUUGCAACCAUCAAUUUCCUGGAUUUCUUAUUGGAAAUCUCAAACUUAUCUUAA